GUACAGUGUUUAUUUCAUCUUGCUCAAUUAUUAUUAAAGUUAACUGUUAAUUAGUUUUCAUGAUUUUGAUGUAUCACUACACCGCUGAUUAUCUAACCCCCUUUCGAUAACCAAUCUUAACAAAGGCAAGGUGGCGGCCAAUUAUUGUUUGCUCAUUCUUAUUCAGUUCAUCUUGGAUCUGGUGCAAAAUACCGAGCCCGAGAUGGCUUGGUGAACCGUGAAUACAUCAAUCGGAAUGUGGGGUUAUCAAUGUGCAAUGUUAUCAUCAUCUGUCAAAGUUAACAACAGCGGAAAAUGACGGCACGAUAUGUACCUUUAUCGCAAUCCGAAAUAGCUAUUGAUUCAACUUCAAUCCCAACUCCUCGUCAAUCUCCAUCUGUUAGCCCUCCCCCCUUCAAAGACGGUGGAGGAAUGUGGAUGGGGGGACGUUACGUAAUUUUCCGAUCGAAUCGAUAUGCUCGACUGGGCGUCUUGGCCGUAAUCAUAAUAAUCAUAGUCCUCACGAUACGACACAUGUACUACGCCGAGUGGACUUAUCAAGGCGGAACUGGUUCCCUGUUUGAGAUUCCACAUCAUAUCUUUGGAAGGCCGAGUGAUUUUAGUUUACCACAUAAAAAAUCGGACUGGUUUGAUCAAAAUUGCUACCCUCCUGAAUUUAAAUUAGGCCAAAGUAUUGGUCACGUCUACGAAAAGUUAGAGUACAUGAAAAAGUCCAAGGAUUCGGAAUGCACCAACAUUUGGACGUUGUUCAACGAAAUAUUUACUAUGGAGGGUAUCGAUGCUGACCUCGUGAUACCAGAAGGAUUCCAGGCCGAAGUGAAAGGCUGGCUAGGAAAUGAUCCCGAAUUAUUUAAACAGAUUCAUCAUCAAAAAAUCUAUAAAAUUGUGAUAAAAGGAUCCCAUGAAGAGACCGUGUUCAAUCCUCUCCGUUCGAAAAGACCGACAUCAAAAUCUUCCAUAAAUCCUGUCGAUUACAUUGCAAACUUGUCCGCUAGUACGCAAUCAACCUGUGAUUUCUGUCAGUAUAAGGAUCACACGGCUGAGGAUGUCUUUGGCAGAAUUGACAACAAAUAUUCCGCAAGUGCCUCAAACACGUUUAAACUGGCGAAAUUCCACGGCUUAUUUUUUCCCAAGACGCAUCACCCAGUGAACAUUUCAUUCCAAGCUUUACUCGACCUUUUCGUCAACACGAGUCAGCAAUGGUUUGAAACCGCUCAUAAACAAGACACCACACAAAGGUAUCCCUCAAUCCUGUGGGACGUUCUCCCCCACGCCGGCGCUAGUCAAGUUCAUCCCCACGUUCACGGCUUGCUGGGGGUUCACCAGUAUUCUGGAGCUUUCGAAAAGUUACACGCCAUUUCACAAGAGUAUUACGCUAAGCAUCAUCGCUCCUACUGGACGGAUUUGAUCAAGGUCCACGACGCUCUCGGACUCGUCGUCCGAUUCGGCGAUGCUGUGGCAAUGGUUCCUUUAUUCUCCAGAAAGGACCACGAGUACAUGAUCCUCGCUCCUCAAGUCGACGACACCUUCGCCACCUUGAUUUACACAAUUUUGGAAGGAUAUAAAAACAAUUUGGGAGUGUACUGUUUCAGCGCAGGAGGAGCUUAUCCCUUUCUGGGAGAUCAGACGAGAAAUUUGGACGCGUACCUCCAACCCGGACUUCCAGCCAUAUUUCGAUCCGGAUCGAGAGGCUUGUGCACAUCAGUUUCCUCAGAUGUCAGUUCCUUAGAGCUUUACACGGUCAAUAAUAUAAACUCCGAUAUUUCCGUAACGUUAAAUGCGUUGAAAAAAUCAAUCGAAACUUUUUUGUCCACUGAUCAAAAUAUAAGAGUGUAACUACCAUUUUGUAUUUAACCUGGUGUUAAUUAUUCAUGUCAAUCGUAUGAAAUAUAUUGUGGGUGGUA